UCAUUCCUCUGAACACUCGUAGUCUAUAUAGACAUGUUGUGGUAUGUUUUUUCUAAUAGACUGAAUUGAACACUGAACCUUAUUUUCCCUUUUCCUGUUAUGUGAGUAGAUUGUAGAAAAUGCCUUGCUUAAGAAGCCUGGAGGAGAGGAUAUUCUUGAGGAGUACAAGUCAGAAAAUUCACUAAUGCACCGCACUCGGAGACAGCUUGUCAACAUAUUGGCGAGUGAUAUGACUGAGAGAAAUGGCAGGAUUCCUUCCCGUCAGCAGAAGGAGAAGUAUGCUCUGGGAAUUAUUACUCUCUUUCCCUCACUGAAGGAUCCUUUUUCUCCAAAGGGCUAUGAGCAUUUCUAUGAUGGGGAAAGAGGAACUGGAUAUUUAGCGUGGCGCCUCAAAACCAUUUCCAGGACUUCAGCAAAACGGCCAGUCAAAGAAGUCUCAGUGCAUCAAGCACAAGGACCAAAGCGCCAAAGAUCAGCAACCACACUGCCUCAGCAGCUUGAUGGAGAUGCCUGCAGGGAGGCCAUUUCAUUUCUUGUUCACUCCCCUGAUGAAGCAAGUGUAUUUCAGAAGAUGAAGAUGACGUUUCAACAUCGUCAGGACCUAGUGCAUGACCCACAAAGAAGCACAGAUGUCUUCAAAACAUUUCCACGCUUUUUAGAUGUCAAAGGACUUGUGAAUCAAGACUUCCUCCUGCUGUUUGGUGCUGAAACAGCCUCCAAGAUGCUUGAGAAGUGGGACACCUCAUUCAAGCUCAAGGUCAUCAAAGAGGCCAAACAACUGACUCCGACAACUGAGCUGUGCCGACUUCUAAAAGCUGCUGAGAAACUUGCAGAGAACGAUGAAACGGACUGGGACAGUGACAUCGCUUCCAUGCUGCUUCUUCUCUAUCUCUUGCCACCCACAGCGGGACGGAAGAGGACCAAAAUAAGUCCAAGUGCUGCAGUGGAGAAAAUGGUGCACUUUCAUAAGUCAUGCUGCAGCAUCAAUGAAUAUCUGCAGGAAAGGGAGACUAAACAACCAUACAUCCUUGCCGUUGGCCGAACCCAGAAGGCGAUUGAUACCUUCUACAUCGUCGUUGACAAACAGCUCAUCCUCUGCCAAGCCACCAGCUCGUUGGGUGCUUUUGAUGAACUGUUUAAAUCCCACUACGUGUUCAACUUGUCUUAUGAUGAGUCCCUGGUCCAUUUCUACACUUUUCUGCAGACAACGGUCUACAACAUUGAUGCUACCACAACAGAUGAGUCUCCAAGAGUUUGUGAGUUGCGGGCAAAACUUUUGAAUGACAUAUGAAUAUGUUUAAAUGUUUUGUAUGUCGAAGCAGUGCAUGC